AUGGUCGACUGGGAGUGCAUGUUCGCUGCCAGACUUGAUCGAAUCAUCAGUGAUGCACGUAACCUUAAAUCCAACAACAACACCGAUAAUAAAUCGAAGCAAGCUCGGAGGGCAACGUUGCAUACAAAAUUCCACCGACGAAAGAGGAUCGCUUCCGUUAUGAUCGCUCAAUGUCGCGCCAUCGCAGAUGAAGAUGGGCUUGUCUUCUGGACCUAUAUCUUGCAAUCCCUGGAUAUCCUCACCCAUCAUGGGAUGUCUGAUGAGGAGACUGGUUAUGAUGAGGAUAACGAUGAGGAACCUUUCAAAUAUGUAUUUGACCUUGAUUAUCGUCACCCCGCAUUCAGCCCUCUGUUCCAGCAUGUCGAUAACACUCCUGCUCUCUAUCCUGAUUUUUUCUGCCCAACAGGGACGAAGCGUUUGAAACGAGUAUCUACUCAACUUCCUGUGGCGCGUGCAUCUGUCCAUCAAAAACUACCUUCAUCUUUCCUUCGAGAGGGGUACAGCUCUCAAAACCAUGAACAGACUGACUCGAUUGCAGGCCCUUCAAGACCAGUCGGACUCUCGUCUCAUCUGUCCACAUUGAACGAUGCUUCUAGAUGGGUUACCACAGAGGAUAAGCAGAUAUGA